CUAUUGUCAUAAAACUUUGCAAAAGUUCCUUUUUUCUGUUGCACUCCUAUCUCACUCCUAUCACUCCACUAUAUCAUAUAGCUGCCAUAGGACUGAUCGGACGAAAACUAUUUUCCCAGUGCUUCUUAGAUACGGGCAUAUGAAAAGGUUGGGUCUGCAAGGGUAUUAAAUCUUCGGUGUGCCAAAUAUAGCCCUCCUUCUUCUUCUCCUUCUCUUUUCAUUUAAGCUGUGAACUAAGUUUCGGUGUUCCUUAAUUUUUUGUUUUCAUUGAAUGCUUAUUCAAAUGGCAGACAAGCAAUUAAGUGAAUUUGGCUAUAGAUUAGCAAGCCCGUAACAAAUCAGUAUAAUAAAUAUGGUACAAUAAAAUAUUUUCUAAACUGGGCCGAUUAGAUUAGGCGGCAAGUGCAGGCGAACUAUGCUACCCAGCUGUUGCCUCCCAUUGCUAUAAAAGGCAGCGAAUGCUGCCAAAUGGUAUUAAAACGCAAUCAGCUUUGAAGGCGCACAGCUAUAAUAGCCGAAAGAAAUUUGUUAGUUUAUAAAAACAGAAUUGAAGCACAAAAUGUCUGCCAACCAAGUUUGUUUAUAUUUGUGCCUGAUCUGCGCACUGAACUGGACAUUUGUCAUCGGUGAUACGCCCGUCCGGCAAUGUGCCAAUACAAGCAAUCCGCUGCCAUUGAUGGUGCAAAUAGAUAACUGCGAUGAGCUACCCUGUGAUUUGCUGAAGGGUCUGGAGUCCAAUAUAGCCAUACAGUUUGUAGCCACACGUAAUUCCAUGCAUCAGCUGACGGCGCGGGUGCACCUGACCUCACUGGGCGUGACCAUACCCUAUGAACUGGAGGCGCAGCGCAGCAAUGUGUGCAAAAAUUUGCUGCAUGGCGCCUACUGUCCACUGGACGCUGGGGAGGAUGUCACCUAUCGCCUCCUACUCCCAGUUGCCAGCAAUCAGCCGGAGGUGCCCACCCGGCUGCAGGUUUCGCUCCACGAUGCGGAACAAUCGGAUCAGGUGGUCGCCUGUUUUCUGGCCGACACACGCGUACGCAAACCCUAGAAAUUAUAUAUAGACUACGUAUUUUUGUUUAUUGUUAAUCUUUGUGUUUAUCGAACAUUGUAUCAAUGUGUGUUAUUGUUGGUCUCGGGGCACUUGUUUGUGCCAAUUAAUAGGAACUAAGCUGGUAACCUUUAAGCUGCUGCUGCUGGCGGCACUAUUAGACAUUAUGAAUAAAUAAUUAAGCAAAACAUUAUGAAUUAUGAA